AUGGCUAACAACGACAAGGUGGAAAACAAAGUUUGUCUUGUAGUAAUUGAUGGUUGGGGAUUGAGCGAUGAAGACUAUGGAAAUGCCAUCAAGGCUGCCAAUACACCUGUAAUGGAUAAAUUGAUCAAAGAAAACUCCACAGGCAUCGAGGCACAUGGUUUACACGUUGGGCUACCCGAGGGACUCAUGGGAAACUCAGAAGUCGGACACUUGAAUAUAGGAGCUGGACGUCCUGUUUAUCAAGAUAUUGUUAGAAUCAACUUGGCCGUUAAGAAUAAUACUUUGGUUAAGAACGAGGCUUUGAUUGCUGCUUGUGAACGAGCUAAAUCAUUAAACAACAGAAUUCAUCUAGCUGGUCUUGUUUCAGACGGAGGAGUUCAUUCUCACAUUGAUCACUUGUUUGCUCUUUUGAAAGCGGUCAAGGAGCUCGGAGUUCCUGAGUGCUAUCUUCACUUCUAUGGGGAUGGACGUGACACUUCCCCAACCAGCGGAGUCGGCUUCCUUCAAAAUGUAUUGGACUUCUUUUCUCAACAGGGCUAUGGAAAACUAGCAACGAUUGUAGGCCGCUACUAUGCUAUGGAUAGAGAUAAAAGAUGGGAAAGAAUUUGCGUUGCUUAUGAUGGAAUGGUUGGGGGAUCUGGAGAAGAUUGCGUUGAAGCUGAUCUUGUCGACAAAAUUAAAGCCAGAUACGCCGAUAACCAAACAGAUGAAUUCUUAACACCUAUAAUUGUUGGAGGAAAUGAGCGAAGAAUUCAAGAUGAUGACACCCUCAUAUUUUUCGAUUAUCGAGCUGAUCGCAUGCGGGAAAUUUCCGAAGUUAUGGGUAUGGAACGUUAUAAGGACUGCAAUUCCAAGUUUACUCAUCCAAAGAAUGUAGAAGUUUUUGGUAUGACCCAAUAUAAGGCAGAGUUCCCAUUUCGAUCACUCUUUCCACCAAACAGCAACAAAAAUGUUCUAGCAGAGUGGUUGGCAACUCAGGGGGUUACCCAGUAUCAUUGUGCUGAAACUGAGAAAUAUGCUCAUGUUACGUUCUUCUUCAAUGGUGGGGUCGAAGCACAAUUUGAGAAUGAAGAGAGAUGUAUGGUUCCAAGUCCCAGGGUUGCUACAUAUGAUCUUCUACCAGAGAUGUCCAGCGCAGGUGUUGGAGAUAAAAUGGUCGAACAGGUUAUAGCCCAGAAACAUCCUUUCAUUAUGUGUAACUUUGCUCCUCCUGAUAUGGUUGGACAUACUGGAGUGUACGAAGCAGCUGUGAAAGCUUGUGAAGCUACUGAUAUUGCUAUUGGUCGCAUUCAUGAAGCCUGCAAAGAGCAUGGUUAUAUCCUCAUGGUUACUGCCGAUCAUGGAAAUGCUGAGAAAAUGAAAGCACCUGAUGGAGGAAAACAUACUGCUCAUACUUGCUAUCCAGUUCCAUUUACUUGCAGCAGCGAUAAGUUCCGUUUCAUAGAGGCUCCCGGACGUAAAACUGCUUUGUGCGAUGUAGCUCCAACUGUUCUAAGCAUUAUGGGCUUACCAGUUCCAUCAGAAAUGACUGGUGUUCCAAUAGUAGAGAAAUGUUAA